AACAGACAGCUCCUCUUUUUGAAAGUUCUCGUCCACAUUUUUUAUGUUUCCUUUACAGGCAAUGGUUGCAUAGAAAUCGACGAGUUUUUGCAAGUACUGCGAAGACAGUUGUUGAGUCCACGAGAAGAGAGGGAACUUAAGGAAGUCUUCGAAGUAUUCGACAAGGAUGCAGAUGGCUUCAUUUCUAGUAAUGACUUGAUUCAUUUGAUGCACUCACUAGGCGAAGCUUUGAGUGAAAGCAUGGCUCGCGACAUGAUCAGGGAAGGUGAUUACGAUCAUGAUGGAUUGAUUAGCUUCAACGAAUUCGUGACGCUAAUCAAAGGACGGUCAUGA